CCCAAAUUGCCCUACUUCUCAAUCAACUUCAUCUCCAAGUAAAUUGACUUUAGCAUUACUUCUGUCUUUUUAGUUAAAAAAUAUAAAUAAUACUAAUAACAAGCAAUUUCGCUUUUCAAUAUUGUCUCAACAAGGGCACCACGAAAGCCAGCAACUUUGUCCUAACCCUAACAACAAUCUCACUACUCAUCUCCACUACCCCAUCACAAGCCCAGCUGUCCCCCACUUUCUACGCCCGUACAUGUCCCAAUGCACUCGGAACAAUCCGUACUUCCAUCCGGCAGGCGGUUGCCCGUGAGCGCCGCAUGGCUGCCUCUCUUAUCCGCCUUCAUUUUCACGACUGCUUUGUACAAGGCUGCGACGCUUCAAUCCUUCUGGACGACUCCCCCACAAUCCAAAGCGAGAAAUCGGCCGGCCCAAAUGCCAAUUCCGCCAGAGGGUUUGAUGUGAUUGAGGCUGCCAAGACAGCAGUCGAGCGUAUUUGCCCGGGAGUCGUCUCGUGCGCAGACAUUUUAGCCGUGGCUGCAUGUGAUGCCCCAGUCGCUGUUGGAGGGCCAUCAUGGCCGGUGAGAGUUGGGAGACGGGAUUCUACCACUGCCAACUUCAAUGCAGCAAACACAGAUUUGCCGGACCUUUUUCUAGUGCACAAGACCUCAUUACAGCCUUCCGCAACAAGGGGCUCAGUCAGACAAACAUGGUUGCCCUCUCAGGUAUGUAUGCUAAGAAAAUAAUAAUAUUAUGGAAAAUGCUAAAGUCCCGUAAUUGGACCACGGCUUUGCUAUGGAGUCAUCGGAUGGCUUGGCUUAUGGAGUCAUCCAUAGUUUUCUUCACAAAUGAUGUAUUAACACGUGUCCUGUAA